CGCUCACACGGACACACACGCAACCAGCAGCGUCUGUUUGGACAAACUUAAGUGUACCGCUGCUUCUGUGUGGACCGUGUUACACACACCAUUCAACCCGCCAUGGAGGUGAUGUUUCCGGGGAGAGACCGCGACGACAGACCCGCGCGGAGGAUGUAACGGCAUCUCCGGAGCCGUUGGGAUUGCACGAGGCAGACAGAAUACAAAAGGAACCGCCGAAGACGGGAGGCGAUGGUGGGGAGAGCAGCAGCAGCAGCAGCAGCAGCAGGGGGAGCGGGUUUCACAUCGAGACCAGCUUAUGUUUUCUGAAAUGAACUUCGAAACUGGUGAAUAAAUGCAAGGAAAUCCACCAGCAUGUCGGAUCCAAGUCACUGGUCUGCGGUGCCACACCAGAACAAGUCCCAUUUUGUUCCGGGAGCGUUGCUGAAGCGGUCAAAAAGCUGUCGCAGCAGCAACAGGAAGAGCCUCGGUGUCGGGUCGCCCUCACCCACGCUGUCCAGGCCACUCUCCCCGCUCUCACUCCACACUGCUGCGAGCAGCCCUCUGGACAGCCCUCGAAAUGUGUCGACCAGUGCCUGCCUCAACUUUCCAUUUGCCAGAAGCCACUUGGCUCGCGCCGACAGAGCUGAGGGCCGGAGAUGGUCCCUGGCAUCCCUCCCCUCAUCUGGCUAUGGAACCAACCCGCCGAGCUCCACUGUCUCGUCCUCCUCGUCCUCCCAGGAGCGUCUUCACCAGCUUCCCUACCAGCCGACUCAAGAUGAGCUGCACUUCCUUUUCAGACACUUCCGCAGCACAGACAGCAUGACCGACGAGGAUGGACGGCCCUCGACGGUCAUAAGACCUCGGUCUCGGAGCCUCAGCCCCGGACGAUCGACUGUCUCCUACGAUAAUGAAAUCGUAAUGAUGAACCAUGUUUACAGAGAACGUUUUCCAAAGGCCACAGCCCAGAUGGAGGAGCGCUUGUUUGAGAUUAUCACCCACUGCUCUUCAGACAGCUCCCUCCCGCUUGCUGACGGGGUGCUGGGCUUCAUCCAGCACCAGUUGGUUGAGCUGGUUAGAGACUGCCUGGACAAGUCCCAGAAGGGCCUGGUUACCUCCCGCUACUUUGCUGAGCUGCAGGAGAAGCUGGAGAAGCUGCUUCAUGAGGCCUACGAGCGUUCUGAAAGCGAGGAGGUGACCGUCAUCAUCCAGCUGGUGAGGAAGAUCCUCAUCAUAAUCUCUCGGCCGGCUCGCCUACUCGAGUGUCUGGAGUUUGACCCGGAAGAGUUUUAUCACUUACUGGAGGCAGCAGAGGGUCACGCUAAAGUCGGCCAAGGAAUCAAGACGGACAUCCCGCGCUACAUCAUCAGCCAGCUGGGUCUGACGCGGGAUCCAUUAGAAGAAAUGGUUCAGCUUGAACACUAUGAUGCCAGUCACACAGUGUCAGCAGAACCAGAUGGUAACGUGGAGAAUAAGGCCCCACAGACGCUGACACCGACUCGAAGGAAACCUUUUGAGGGUGAUUUUGAAACAAUCAAACUCAUUAGUAAUGGAGCUUACGGGGCUGUGUAUCUGGUCCGUCACAAGGAGACCCGUCAACGGUUUGCCAUGAAAAAGAUAAAUCGUCAGAACCUGGUCCUGAGGAACCAGAUCCAGCAGGCUUUUGUGGAGCGAGACAUCUUGACCUUUGCAGAGAACCCCUUUGUUGUCUCCAUGUUCUGCUCUUUUGAGACACGGCGUCACCUCUGCAUGGUCAUGGAGUAUGUGGAAGGUGGAGAUUGUGCAAACCUGCUCAAGAACAUGGGCCCACUGCCUGUAGAAAUGACAAGGUUGUACUUUGCUGAAACAGUCCUGGCUCUGGAGUACCUUCACAACUAUGGCAUUGUGCAUCGGGAUCUCAAACCCGACAAUUUGUUAAUUACAUCGAUGGGCCACAUCAAGCUGACAGAUUUUGGCCUGUCCAAAAUUGGCCUGAUGAACAUGACCACCAACCUGUACGAGGGUCACAUGGAGAAAGACACAAGAGAGUUUGUAGACAAACAGGUGUGUGGCACUCCAGAGUACAUCGCCCCGGAAGUGAUCCUCAGGCAGGGUUAUGGGAAGCCAGUGGACUGGUGGGCGAUGGGGGUCAUUCUCUAUGAAUUCCUGGUUGGCUGUGUUCCGUUCUUUGGAGACACACCUGAAGAGCUUUUUGGACAAGUUGUCAGCGAUGAAAUCAUUUGGCCAGAAGGAGACGACGCCUUACCAAAUGAUGCCCAGGAUCUGAUCACCCGCUUGCUCAGACAGAGUCCUUUAGACCGACUAGGAACUGGAGGUGCUGCAGAGGUCAAACAGCAUCCCUUCUUCCAGGGUUUGGACUGGAAUGGACUCCUGAGGCAGAAAGCUGAAUUCAUCCCUCAGCUGGAGGCGGAGGACGACACCAGCUACUUCGACACUCGUUCUGAGCGCUACCAUCAUUUGGCGUCUGAUGAGGAUGAAGAAACCAAUGAUGAAGAGUCAUCUUUGGAAAUCAGACAGUUUGCCUCCUGGUCACAUCGCUUCAGCAAGGUUUACAGCAGCACAGAACAUCUGGCAACACCGUCCAACCUGAGCUUCUCCUCUGACCGCAGCCACAGCGAGGACAAGGAGGACCGAGUAGACGUGGGAGGACUGAGUCCCUCUCCGAUCCCAGCAGAGGGCAGUGCAGAGCGCAGAAAUGCCGGACGCAUGGCCAGCCUUCGCCCUCGGGCCUCCUCCAGCUCCUCCCAGUCUGAGAGGAGCACCAGUCCUCUGGUGAUGAGCAGCACCCACAGCCUGGAGACGAUGCCACGCUUUGCCCUCUCCACUGAUGAUGAAGCUGAGGUGGUUGUGUCAAACCUGCGGAGGAUCAGGAUUCGCAGCAACAGCACCGGGGCCAAACACUCGUCCCCCAAAGACCCGGCCGGCCCUCGACGCUUUGGUAACCAGCUGGAGACGCCGGACAGACAGAGACUCCCCUGUGGAGGGAAGGUUCCCAAGUCAGCCUCCGUCUCAGCCCUGUCUCUCAUCAUCACUACAGAUGACUCGCCUGGCGGCCUCCAGCCCAGUCCCAUCUCCCCUCGCUCUCUGUCCUCCAACCCUUCAUCCCGUGACUCCUCCCCCAGCCGGGACCUGUCACUCAGCCCUGGCAGCCUGAAGCCUCCUAUUGUCAUCCACACCUCAGGGAAGAAGUACGGCUUCACCCUGCAGGCCAUCCGGGUCUACAUGGGUGACAGUGACGUUUACACAGUGCAUCACAUGGUGUCGAGUGUGGAGGAGGGCAGCCCGGCUUACCAGGCAGGUCUCCGCACUGGAGACCUCAUCACCCACGUGAACGGAGAGUCUGUCCAGGGCCUUGUCCACCCUGAGAUGAUAGAACUGCUUCUUAAGAGUGGCAGCAAGGUGGCGCUUCAGACCAUAGCACUUGAGAACACAUCAAUCAAAGUGGGUCCAGCUCGAAAAACAAAACACAAAGGCAAGAUGGCUCGUCGCAGCAAGAAGAGCAAGAGGAGGGAUAAUUACGACAGGCGAAGAAGCAUCUUGAAGAAGCUGUCCAAGCAGAGUACAGUGAUGCACAGCAGUCGCAGCUUCAACUCGGGUCUCCACCACUCAGUUUCCUCCAGCGAGAGUCUUCCAGGCUCCCCGACACACAGCCUCUCCCCUGGCCCCUCCACACCCUGCCGGAGCCCCGCACCCGACCAUCAGGCGUUUGAUAAUAACUCUCCUCAGAGCACGUCUCCUUGCUCCAGCUCUCCCAGUUCCCCGGCUGCACACAUCCGGCCCAGUUCUCUACACGGCCUGGGCUCCAAACUCAGCACGCAGCGCUACACCAAGGUGGGCCGCCGGAAAUCAACCAGCAACAUUCCCCCCUCGCCUCUGGCCUGCAACUCCUCCUCGUCCUCCACCCAGCCUCUUUCUCCACAGCGCUCUCCUUCUCCGCUGUCAGGCUUUGCCAAAACAUUUCACGGCUACCAUGGCAAAACCCUGUCCCCACCCACCAUUGUUAGACACAUUGUCCGGCCCCGCAGUGCAGAGCCACCUCGGUCUCCUCUUCUGAAGAGGGUUCAGUCAGCUGAGAAGCUGUCUGGUGUGUAUCAUGCUGACAAGAAGUCUUACACUCCCCGCAGGCACACGCUGGAAGUGCCGUUUUACGGUGACGCAGACCUGCUGGGUGACUCAGAGGCAGAGGGCGCCUGUGGAGGCCCCUACAUUGGAGCAGAUCUCAGCAGGCUUGGGGGAUACAUGGGCAGCCAGAGGCUGAGAGACUCUGGGAUUGAACGAUCGGAACAGCUGGUCGUGAUGCGAAAGCUCAACCUAUCAGAGCGGAGAGACUCCUUUAAGAAACAGGAGGCGGUGCAGGAGGUGAGCUUUGACGAGCCAGAGGAGAAAAUGAGCACCACGGCAACAGCGACCACCACAUCUCCAGCAACCCAAACACAACACCAUCAGCAGCAGCAGGACAGGACGGCCUGGAUGGUCACUCAACCCCAAACCAGCGUGGAGGUGGAGCUGGAGGUGCCAGUGGUGAGGAGGUUCACACUGGUACCCCAGAUCGCUGUGCAGGGCUCAACAGAGAGCGAGCAGGAUGAGUGGGAGCCGUGUUCAGAUGGAGAAGAAACCACAGAGACAACUGAGCUCGAGGUGAGCGUCACUUCACCUCAGCCACAACAGGCAGGACGUCCUCUGGCUGACAGCAGCUGCAGUCAGGCAGCAGAAACCACCUCCUCUGCUCCUGUGGUGGGGCCAGCAGCAGAGACGACCGAGUGCAGAGAGGAAGCUCCACAGAAAGUGCAUCUGAAAAAGUGACAACUCACCACUGCGCUCAUGCCGCUCAUAUCGUUUCUCUCGAGCCUUUCAAAGGUUGUAAACUCAUUUACAAACUUGUCCGGCUGACGGAAGGCAGGAGAAGAUUUUACUUGAAUUUUUUAAUGGUAAAUAUUUGCCUGAAGGCAUUGCAGACAUUCUUGUCUUAUUUAUUACAUUUGUAAAGUAUGAUGAGUUAGUAACAGGGAAAGAGGGAAGUUCUCAUUGGUUGAAAAGCCAAGGCUUAACAUUUUUGUAUCCAUAAAAUGUUGUUAUAUGUCUUUUGACUGGAUUGUUUUUUGUAUAAAUGUCUAUUUUUUAAAUAAAUUGUCACAGUGCAGAGUCAUUUGAUAAUGCUGGGCAUAACUGUUGUAGGACCAAAAGGUACGAGAGGUCUGUUUUUUUUCAGUGUCAGUUUAGAUCUGAACAGUGCAGCUUUCAGUAGUGUCAUACUGCGAUUAUAUCGAUCUCCAUAAACCUAAGAAUGGCCUUUGAGUCACACUGUGAGCAACAUGGUUGAUAUGUUAUUUUGUUAUCAGUUGUCAGCAGUUUUGUCUACAGUAUACAACUACAAUACAGAUUUAUUAUUUUUUGCCGCUUCGUUUUGGCACCACACUCUACAAGAAAACAUUGAAGCUGCAGCAAAAACUAAACUGCUCCAGUUUGAAAGUUGUUGAGAAAUGGGAAGCUUUGCAGAGCUGGACAUCUUUCACUUUGCACACGACAAACAAAACUGUUGUUCACAUUAGGUGGAGACAGAAGCAGCGCUGAAUUUGACAGAAGAUAGUCAUGAAAACAUAACUUGUGUGGCCAAUGUUGCUUCAUCAAAUUUGCAAGAAAAAAAUGUUCCUCCAUUGACUUGUUGACCAUGUUCCUUGCAGUGUGAAUUGAUGGUCACAGCUUUGUUUUUCUUAGAUGUGGAUCCAGUCAGUGCAGGGUAAUGUUUCACACCGACACUGUCCAAGUUUGACUUUAAAGUACAAUCUGUUAUGAAGACAUGAUGAAGCCGGAUCAAAAAGGGUAUUGCGUGCCAUCAUAUCAGUGCAGCAUCUUCUAAGCCAUAUCUUUGAAAUUUCAGUUGAAAUCAUUUGUUUGUAAUCUCAACUUGACGUGAAGAUUAAAAGAAUUGUUUUUCUUCCACUGCUAUUGCAGACUUGACGUAUCAUGAAAAAUGGAAGUCAGGGACAAAGUCCUGGAUGUUACAGAACACGGUACCCUCUGCUUUUUGAAAACUCGAUGUAUAAUUAGUGUGAUGCCAUAUCGUAGAGGUAUCUCAAAUGUAGUUUUUGUUAUUUCCUGCUCAGUUUGUGACAUCUGGAAAUAGAUUCAGCAUGGCUCCAUGUCUCGCUGUUCUGCUCGAUGCAUGCAAUUUACAGGAAGAACACUGAACAGCCAAAUAAGAGUCUCUAUCUUUGGGGAAAUAUGUUUUUAUUUAAACCAUUUUGCUAUUUCUUUUUCUUAUAAUGAGACAUUUUGUACCUGGAAAAGUGGUCAGUCUUUGUGUAUUUUUUUUUUUUGAUUAUUUUUUCCUGAAACUGUAGCUUUCGUCUUCGUUUUUCACAAGCAUGUAAGAGACACCACGCCUACAAAACCGUGUUCCUACUUAAUAUACUGUGUAGUGAUGUUUACAUCGAGGGGGAAAGUGCACUAAUGUAUUUUGACAUAUUUUGUAAAUGAAUGUUGACGGCAGAGGGAAACCCUUACGUUGAAUCCAAACCCAGGGCUUCUUUGAACAAAUGUUUUUAUGUCUUUGUAUUGUACAAAUAUUGAUGUAUAUUUUGAUAACAAGGAUGUGGAUAAUUCUUAAUGUGUUGAUGGAAUUUGAGGCACCGGGACUUUGGGAAGUCUGAUUUGAUGGAGUGGGCUGUUUUUCUGAUGUGCUUCCCGAGUUUGGAGGUUAAUCGUAUUAUUUGUCAGUGACUGUUGCUGGCUUUUUGUACCGACCUUCUCCCUAGUCUUCUGUUUCUAAAGCAUCAGAGUUGUUGAUGUGUUAGUUACCGGUGAGCCACUCUUCCUCCUUAAAUCUCAUGACGAUGACCUUUUACAGGAUGCAGUCGUGUCCGUAAACAGCACGGGGAGAUUGCGCCGCUGAAUGGCUCGGUUAUUUUUGCAAUCUGACAGAAUUGUUUACAACGAACAAACAUGCUACGUACUGUACAAACAUUUUAUAUCCUGUGGCUGUACAUGAUGAAACUAUCCUCUUUGAUACCAUGAAAGAAAACGACACUCAUAGAAGUAACAUAUCUGUUUUUGUUGUAUUCUUUUGAAACUGUUCAGAGAGAGUAAUUUAGCACCAAGCUGAGAAGCGUUUAGUGUUUUACAUACACUUAAGGGACGGCAUCUAGAAAAUCAGUUUCCUGAUCCGAUUGUUGCUGCUACUGCAAAAAAUCUCAGCCACGUACACACUUGUAAUGUUUUUUGUUUUUUUUUACACACAUUCACAUGAAAGAGAUGGCAGGCAAAAUAAUGCUGCAGAGGGAUGAAUAUAAAAACAUGAAACAUUAUUUUAGAGGUACGUUUAUGUAAAUAAAAUAAUAGUAUACAAGUUUGACAAGCUAAAACUCGGAAUUUAAAACUAUUUGUGCAAGUCGCAAAGUAAAAGACUUCCAACUUGAUUUGGAACAAAUCUUUUUUGCAGUGCAUGUAUAUCCGUUUUAUCCGAAUAACCUGGUUUCUUAUAUGAAUGUAGUUAGUGCUUUAUUGAUCUCUACUGGUGGAAAGCUACAAGUGUGUUUAGCACCUUAAACAAUAAAGAGCAGUGAUGUCAUAGUAUAAGGUUAAAAAAAAAAAAAAAAAAAAUACAGAACAACUUCAGCCAGUAGAGGUCAACAAAGACGAGAAUCUCAGCUGGUGUUAAACGUACUCUAAAAGAACAAACUGGCAGGUCAAACUGUUGUACAUGUGCAUGUGUUCUCCUGUGGACUCUUCUGUUCAGUGCAUGCUGCAUGACACAAGCACACGUGUAAUACUUGAUUGCAUGGUAUACCGGCGCUGUCGCCCUGUACUGUGUUUUCUUUUGCAACAAAUAAAAUUUGUAUUUCUCUUUGACUCA